CAUCUUGGUGUAAUUUUUGGGUUAUGCCCCACCCACAAUUGGAUCAGCAAUUUAGACGGUCUGGAUUGUGGUACAGCACUGCCGUGUGUAUGUUUGAAGAGUGACAACCUUUUUUUAAAAUGGUUGUGAACUCUCAUGGAAGUUUUUGCUUCAAAUGGAUAAGAUAUUUUCCUACUCAAUGGAGCCAAUCUGCUGAUGUGAGGUGUAUACGUUCAAAGCCUCUCUCUCUCUCUCUCUCUCUCUCUCUCUCUCCAGACAAGUAAGAGGAAAAUCCAGUCUCAAAUAUAAUGAUUCAAGGGGCUCCAACGGCUAGUUUUUCAAAUUUGAAUUCACCCGCCAAACCCUUUCAUCUCUCUUCCCUCCGGAAGAAAAUGGAGUUGAGUCCUUCUCGUCCUUUCCCUCCCAAACUGGUAUCAGUGGCUGGUGUUUUCAAUGGUUCUGAGAAGGUUUUUGAAUCCAACAAGAGAAUUCCAAUGACUGUUUGUAGAGUUGUGCAGCGGGAUGUGGCUGCUACGCCCAUCAGGAAUCCUUCCGGCUUGGAUUUGAAUGGUUUAUGCAGAAAAGGAAAGGUAAAAGAAGCCCUUGAAAUCAUGGAUGAAAUGGAGCGACGGGGACUUCCCAUCGAUGAAAGCAGCCUCGUUUCGCUGCUGCAAGCUUGUAAAAAUUCGAAGUUGUUGGAAGCUGGAAAACGGGUCCAUAAUCACAUCAGGAGAUCCCCAUCCAGACCCAGUAUCUCUAUCUACAACAAAUUGGUUGAGAUGUACUGGAAAUUGGGCAGCACCGAUGAUGCUCGCAUGGUAUUUGAAGAAAUGCAUGAACGGAAUUUGGAAUCAUGGAAUGCGAUGCUGAUGGGUCUUGCGGAAAGUGGGCAGGGCGAUGAAGCAAUGCGAAUCUUUAGCCAGAUGAAAGGAGAUGGGUUGAAGCCAGAUGGGUUUACUUUCACCGGGGUUCUGAUGGCCUGCAAAACAUUAGAUGCUGUGGAGAAAGGGCUGGCAUUCUUCGAAUCAAUGAGCAAGGAUUAUGGAAUUGCUCCAAAAAUGGAGCAUUACGCAGCCGUCGUUGACCUCCUUGCGAAGUCAGGGAAGCUCAACAAGGCGAAGGAGUUUGUAGCCAAGAUGCCGAUUGAACCAAGCUGGAUGAUACGCGAGACAUUGCAGAAAUACUCCAAAACCCUAGAGGAAAAUCGAUUGGCCGAAUUGGGUCCACUUAAAUCUCGAUUGGAUCUAAAGUCAAGCCUCAACAGGGUAAAGAGCAAUUCAAAUCAGAAACCAACAAGCAUGAAUCCCAAGACUAACGGUGCCUACGAUGAUUCGAACCCUAUGAGCAUGAAUCCCAAGAAAAGCGAGGCCUACGAGAAGCUGAGGUCAUUGAAUAAGGAGAUGAAGGAAGCAGGCUAUGUCCCGGACACACGGUAUGUGCUCCACGAUAUCGAUCAAGAAGCAAAAGAGAAGGCCCUGCUCUACCACAGCGAGCGGCUGGCAAUCGCUUACGGCCUGAUCAGCACUCCGCCAGGCACAACCCUGAGGAUCAUGAAGAACCUCCGGAUCUGCGGGGAUUGCCACAACUUCAUCAAGAUCCUGUCGAAGAUCGUUGAGCGGGAGAUCAUUGUGAGGGACAACAAGAGGUUCCAUCACUUCAAAGAUGGCAAGUGCUCUUGUGGGGAUUACUGGUAAGGAAGUAGUUGGGGAUUUUGAGCUUGAAUCAAUCUCCUUUUUAUGGAGCAUCUUCCAUGUUUACAAGUGUUUGUUUUCAUGUCCUUGUGAAUAGGCCUUUAUACUAGCAAAACACCAAUAACUAAGCUUGUCAUUGUUGUGAACCCCUGUUACCGUUGUUUGUGUAGAUGCAACGGAAAAUUAUCUAAGCCGUUCGACGUGGGACCCAACAUGUAGAUGACCGGGCCCAAAAAUCAACCUCAUUCUCUUAUGACAAAUAAAGAGAAGUUAUAUAGUGAUUGUUA